CAAUCACCUUUGUUUUAUUUCUCAACUGAUUUUAUCAGAUGAUCCACUGGAAAGUCGACCACCCACAAGAGAAGGUUCAGACUGAUUUACCCAGCACCUGCCCUGUCGCAAGACCAAACAGAAGGGGAAGCAGCAGGAGCGGCGGUGUGGACAGGAGUGUGAGCCCUUAGAGCACCUAGGGCAUUACAUCAAAUGUAGGCGUGCUUUGAGCCCCAAGCGCCAGUAGAGCAGCACUUUCAUCUCUGUGAGAAAGUUUCUGCCCUUCAUCUCCUAAUUAGCAACUCACUCCAACUCUUGCACUGGGAUUUCACCCCAUGACUUAACCUGUGCAGCCCUUCCUGUGGUUGGAAGGGGCAGUUACAAUCUUGCCCUCUCUGCCUCCUGGUGUGCUCCUAAUGUGGCAUUCACCUAACCUUGAUCUUGACUUGGAGGCAACGUGCCUCAUUUGUCCUUCUUCCCAGCAAGAGGCAGAUUAACAAUAAAGGGCCUGCAUUAAAGCUCUCUUAGCCAUUAACAGGAAUUCUACUGCCUGCAACACCCAAAGGUUCUGGAAGGGUCACAUGCCAGGUUCAUCUCAAAUACAAAGGGUUUCUUGGGUUUCAGGUGUCUUCCUUUUUCAGCACUUCUAAACCACAGAGACUUGCUGCACAAACUGGCAGCAUCAGUAGUGCUGUUCCAGCGGGCUUUGGGCCCCAGGCGACUUCCCUGGAUUAUGGCAGUUUAAUCCCCUUUUGGUUGUUUUUAAUUGCUUAAAUGUCAACAGCAUCCAGGUGCCUAGUGAGAUCUGUAGCUCUCUCAUCACUCAGGCUGUGUUUUUCCAGAGCAUGGGCAGGUGCUGGCCACUCCAGCAGCGCUCGGCCCCUCUGCCGAGUUAGAGCCCACCUGCAUCUCCACAGCCAUCCCCCCUGCAGCAAACCACCCCAGGCAGAGGCACCACGCAGCACCAGGCUGCAUCCCCUCCAGUGCUGCGGCUGAGAUGGACUUCUAAGCGCUAUCAGGAGAAAACCACAGCGAUAAUUCUGCCAAAAGCAGGGAAACACAGGAAGCUUCAUGCGCUUGGAAAUGAAGCAAUCUAUUCAGCAAAAAAAUCUUACGAACCACUUGUUCCCUACAAAGCGCAAAUUACAGCAAAUCCUGAUAUUCCGAGUCAAGCCCCUAUUUGUCCAACAAGCAAAUCCAGUGGGAACGUUGCAGAAGGAAAAGGCAGUUGACUUAGAGAAGCAGCUGUCUGAAAUUGAGCCAUUCUUGUCCCACUGCUGUGCUCCCCAGGGGGGCUCACAGCAUUACAGCUGUUGACUUUGCUGAUUAAACCAUUUUCUGAGUGAUACUUCUGUUAGCCCCGCUGAGUCCAUGUAGCCAUGGAAGAGCAGGCUGGACUCUGUCUUGGCUUGUGCCUCAAAAGCAGAGAUGUUAACAGCGUUUUGACAGUGAACUCACGCUUAUUUGCGAGGUAUGUGCCAGGAAAGGGCACAGCUUAAUUUUCAGAUUGUGUUGCAAAGUCUGUAGGAAAAAAAUAAUUCUUCGCACAUGCCAAAUGUGCAAUUUACACCUGGAAUAUGCUGCAGUGGUGACAGUGAAAUACCACAGUGCGCUGUGCAAUCGAUUCCAUGACCUUAUUGAUACGUUUGUAAUGUUUUAUAAAGGGUUUCAAAGUCCUGUCUCCACCACUCAUGUAAGAUUCUUAUCCUUUUUCCUCCGCAAGAGUCUGUGGUCACGUGGCCACAGAGAAACGAUGAACAUCAACCUGACGAUUCAGUCCUCAAAGGCAAAACCCAUUUAUUUCCUACUUUCUAAAUCUUAGUUAUUUUUCAUUCUGCUGGGCAAGGGCGAGGGCUGGAUUCCUGCUCCUCCGCUGCCUGAACAGGUGGCGCCGAGUGCCAGCUAUGGGCACUUUCGGAGAACUGCACCCCGCAGCAGCAGCCGUGUCCCCGACAGGAGCCCGGCAGCACGCAGCUGCCAACAGAGAUCCUGUGAGCAGCUAGGCAGCUUCCACGGGCGCAGAACAAGGCAAAUUCCUCUCUGCGUAAAACAAAACCAAACCCACAGAUCUGUCUCUGCUGAUGCACACCAAAGGCAGCAGAGCAGCCUGCAGAGCACGGUGUGUCUGCUGCUGUGCUGGACUGCGGGCUCUUCUGCUCUCCCUGCUCGCAGCCCGGCCGUGGGCUCAGAUACAGCCCCUGGAUGGGAGAGUGUUCAUCCCCCGCGCCCGUGGGCCUUGUGCAGCACGGGCUGGGGGGCUCCAGCUCCCACAGACACAGGUGGGCUGCGCACUGCCUGUUCUCGGGUGGCUCCACCUCCGUGGGCAGCCACAGCGAAGGCUGAGAGAAAUAAAACCUCAGGUGCAAGAAACUGCUGGGAUGGGUCUGCUCUGCCAGCGGUUCUUUAGCCGCCCCCGAGGUCGGCCGGCUCCCCUCAGAGAGGCGCUGCCGAGGAGAGAGAGAAGCGUUCGACCCAUCUGAGGAAAGGCGGUUUCCCCCGGUCAAGCGGGGCUGGGAGGUCCCCAGCACUGUGCCGCCCGCCCCUGGGCAGGCACAGCAACCCCCACCACCCGGCAAAACGCGGAAUGCCGGCGAUGCCGCACUCUCCGCUUCCGCUCCCGCUCUUCAGCGCCCGCCCCGCCCCGCCCCGCAGGUCCUGGCAGGACCAUAAAGAGCGCGAGUGCCGGCGCGCGGUUCGGCUGUGGCGGCGCGCAGAGCGGCGCUCUGCACCAGGCAAGACCGGGCCGGGCCGGGCUGGGGCGACGCGACCCAUGCUGCCUGCAGGCUGCGGUCGGCGGGUGGCGGCGGCGCUGCUGGCGGCGCUGGGGGAAGGCGCAGAGCGGCGGCGGGAGCUGGAGCAGUGGGCGGCGCGGAGCCGGGCCCUCCUGCAGCGCUGGGGCAGUGAGGAGGACGAGCAGCUGCACCCGGAUCCCGGCUCCAGCGACGGACAAGAGAACAGGCCUUCACCCAAGGAGCUGGAGGAGCUGGAACUGCUGAACAAGGCCUUAGAGAAGGCACUGAAAGUCAGGAAAAGCAUCUUGAAAACUCCAUUAGAGGCCCAGGGAGCUACAGGAGAGAAAUCUGUAGGUGAGGGACCUCCUCCCAAGAAUGCUGGAGAGCAGCAAGUGCCUGUACCUGUUGAAGGUGUUCCUGAGAGUGCAAAGGUGAGAGCUGUAAGCAAAAAGCCUGCUGCUGUGAAGAAGCCAUACCAGCUCAGAGCUCCUUAUAGGACUGACCCAGAUGUGAAAAAACUGCAAAGGAGAGCCCCAGCUAGAUGUGUUUCUCAAGGUCCCAGGACAGCUGGGAAGAGCUCCUCAAAAGGGGCGACUUGCAAACAAGGAAGAAGUCAUAGAACAGCAAUCAGUACCAGUGACCGAGGGGCCUGUGCUGCUGCUGAGCCCCAAAAGACACCUGUCUUGUGCAGGUCUGCAUUGAAUCAGCAGCAAAGCUUUUCCAUAGGGGAUUCAGCUAGGGGAAAGAACUCUGUAGCUGCUGGCAGACAGCUGUUAGAUGCGGGGAAGAAAAGUUGUUGUUCCCUGGGAGAGUCCAGCCAAAACGAGAACCCUGCUGUUGAAGGUGUGUUGGGAGGAAGCACCUCACCUCGGACAGUCACCCUCCAGGAGAAAGGAUGCCAGCUGAAGCUACCCCAUCCCUACAGGAAAGCCUAUUCCAGAAACUCCAGGGCAUGGGAGAGAUGUCAUCUCUGCCAAACAAGUGCAGAUGCAGCAGCUGCAAGGAACCGUUUCAUAGAGAAGAUUCAGACAACCUUUUGUUCACCGAUGCCAGCCUUCAGUCCUGCAGAGAUAGAGGAGGAAUUAAAGGUCCUCCAGGAUGUCCCUUCCCUUCUGAGCCAGUAUGUGGAAGCUGAGCCUGCAGACUAUCCCACUCUGCAAAGAGAGUAUGAAAGCCUUCUAACCUUGGAGGGUUUGCAAACCGUGGUUUCCCAGUGCCUGCAUAAGCUGCAGCUUCUGCAAACGGCUGUGGAGUCCCAAAGGAGGCUGCGCCCAGACUGUGCUGGGGAUGUAGGAAGCUGCUCUCCAGCCUGUGUUCCUCUCAGGGGACAGACGUGUGCCAGUGCCGGUGUGCUGGCUGUGCCUCUCCUUUGUUACUCCAGUUUCCAGGAGCUGAGGGACCUGUUUGCAUUGAAGCUGCAAGUGUCAAUGCUGCACCAAGAAAUUGCCUUACAAAAGGUUAUGAUGGCAGAACUCCUGCCUGUCCUGGAGUCCCGGUGCUACCCAGAGGCCUCUGCAGCUCAGCUUUAUCGGGCGACUUACACGCAGCUCUGUGAAGGAGGCAAGCGAUUCCCUGUGCUGGUGAGAGAUGAGCUGACAGAUUGAUCUGGUGGAAGCCUCCUCCUUGCCAUUCACAUAACCAGAGACCAGUUUAAGCAAUAAAUCUUUUCUAUCAA